CCCCCCCCCCCCCUCUCUCAAUAUUACACGGUCCGGCAUAUGAAUGAGUAGUCGUAUGCGUUUGCAGGUACUCAACUCUCACAUUACUGGUGCUCAUCAAGAACCUUCUGCCAUGGCGGCCGAGAAAGAAGCCGCUCUUGCUGCUGUUCCCUCCGAUUCUCCAACCAUUUUUGACAAGAUCAUUAACAAGCAAAUACCAGCAAAUGUGGUUUACGAGGAUGAUAAGGUUCUUGCAUUCCGGGACAUUGCGCCUCAAGCACCAACACACAUUUUGCUAAUUCCAAAAGUUAGGGAUGGCUUGACUGGUCUGUCUAAGGCUGAGGAGAGGCAUUGUGAAAUUCUUGGCCAUCUUCUCUACACUGCAAAGGUUGUAGCAAAGCAAGAAGGUCUUGAAGAAGGAUUCAGAAUUGUCAUCAACGAUGGUCCAAAUGGAUGUCAAUCUGUUUACCAUCUUCAUGUUCACCUUUUUGGGGGACGACAAAUGAACUGGCCCCCCGGCUAAUAUGGACAACCCCAAGCCUAGCAGGUUCAUAUGGAGCUUUCCUUGAUGAAUAUGAUGUUGAAACACAUUUGUGGGUUGUAUUUGUCUCAAACCUUUAGCAGGACUCCUACUGUUAAAUCCAUAGUUCAUGGCCACAUUACAAAUAAUAAAGGUAGCCUGCAACUUAUUUAUUUGGAUU